GAAUUUCUAAUUGACAGGUUCCGUUGCCGAGUUUACUCGUCUCUUCCUUGUUGAUGACUCAAAGUCAAGAAGAACUGUCAAACGACAUUGCCAUUCAUCCAGACGACUAUUACGACAGUCAUCUGCACCAUCAGAUCCUAUUCCUGAACUACUUUAUCAACAAAUUUCGCCAAGAUUCGAGUCACAGAUCUAGAGAGUUGUACGCAAAAUCGAGCCGCUUCGGAAGCCCGUACUCUAAUGAAGAUGUCAGUGAUGACGCAACAUCCAAAAACGAUUAUCCAGCAGCAUCAAACGCUGAUUACUCUAACGAUGUUGGCCCGCACCAUGUCAACGAGAAACCCAAUUGCGAAGAAGGUGAGAAAAAGAAAAAAAAGAAUGCCUGGAAUUACCUGUCGAAGAAAAAGAGAGCCAGCAUUAUUUUAGGGACGAUCGGUUUUGCUUUCGUCAAAUUGGGUUUCAUUUCGUUCCCGUCGCUGGUCGUCUUGGAAGACACGACAACAACAUCGACGACGUCAACGACAUCGACUACAACACCCACAACGACCACAACGCCAACAACGACUACAACGCCCACAACCACCACGUCUACCACUACAACAACAUCGACAACAACUCCGACGACGACGACGUCUACGACAACAACGACAACAACGACAACAACGAUGAUGCCAAGUAUAAAAGACUUGUGGACUCUGACAAGAAACAAAGACGAUAGACUUUCGCAGAGCUCAUCACAUUUUCAAAGAGUUUCCUUUUAAUAAUAUCAUCACGGUCAUCAUUUAUUCUUCCUUUUCGAUGGCCGAUUUAGUGACGUGUUCGAAUCAAGUGACAAAUACCACGGGAGAUUACAAAACUAUUCGAACACCUGGCGAACAAAUGGAACAGUGUCUCUCCGUCACUGUACCGGCCGGCAGCAAAAUUCAAAUCACCUGCACUUCCAUCAACGUCUCCACUGGCACAUACGUCACCAUAUUGGAUCUAUCCGGUACGAGCAUCGUUGCAGAUCCGCCUAUUAUAAACACAGCUUAUACCACGGCGGACAAUACGAUGAUUAUCAAAUCGCUCGCCAGCAGUGCCAACGCCGAUCAGCUGUGUUGCAAUUGGAUUACAGUUUAAUUAAAACAUAUACAUAGCAUCAAACUGUCAGUUGGAAUAACGACAAAGGGGGCCGCCAUGCAUAAUUCCUUAUAGGCCCACAAUCUCUCUGUUGUAUUUUGCCCUAAUGUUAUUACGACUCGCGUAACAUAACGACACUUGUUUAUAAUCAAUUUGACUUAAGAAUCGAAUCGUACGCACAACGCCCAUUUGCUAAUACA